AUGGCUGACAACACUACGGCCCCUUCAGAUAAUAUAAUCAAUGGGCAGAGACUUCCGUCUGAACUCAAAGAUGACGUAGACAUGUUAACAUCCACCACAUCUGAACAUAAAGUUAACGAUAUGGGGAAUCGAGACAAAAAUACAAGCAUUAAAGCUUUGCCAUCCAUCACUGACAUCCCUAUUAAUGACGACCCCGAUGUACAACGACAUGAUGACCCCAGUGUUUGUUUGAACCCCUCCCAUAUAAAAGACUAUGAGAAUUUCUCUUGUUCGUCAAUUGACACUUUAAAAAAGGGUAUGGGAGAAAUUUCCAAGCAAUGUAACGAUUUGAGGACAGCUCUGCUUGCCAAAGAUACUUCCCUGACUGACUCUGUGGAGGAUCUAUUCAACUCUUUAAAAGUUUUAUCACACAAUCAAUCAGUUUUGGAGAAUAAAUUAGAUGACGUCAUGAAAAAUCAAGUGAAUACAGAUAUAGUAGUCAAUAACUUGAACGAAAGACUGAAUAAACUGUCAACAUUGUUGCAAAAUACUUCGAAAGUUAGCAACUCAAAUCUUCUCAUAGAAAACUCAUCUAACAGCACUAGUUCACAGCAUAAUACUCCCACUUCUAAGAGGGGACCUGGGAGACCAAGAAAAGAUACCUCAACUUCAACGAUGAAUAAGUUAGUGUCAAAUGCAGCCUCUGCUAAUCCUAAAAACACAUCUAAUCAUAACGCACCUCUUUCACCAGUAAACAUUUCCUUACCAACAGCCGUAGUACAAACUUCCAAAUCUAAAAGAUAUUUUGUGGAACCAUCCACGAAACAGGAUCCACUAUUAUUAUCCGCUCCAUCGUCAUCAAGAGAUGAUGGUGAGAUAGCCUUACCUUCUGUGCCGCAUAGAACGAACCUUGAAAAUGGUAAAGAACGACCAUCCACUGCAAAUUCCAGUUCAAUAACACCAACACCUAUUACGCCGAACAACUUGAUUCAUAUUAAAAGAAAAAGGGGCAGGCCACCAAAGAAGAGAACUGUGGAAACAAUGAUAUCAAACGCCACGGACGCUAUAGAUAAAUCUGACACUUCUAGCCGGAUCAAAAAUGAGAUUCCGAUAAAUUCACUACUUCCAUCCUCCAAAUUUCAUCAGAUACCAUCAUCUCCAUCGAACCCUACAUCACAGCCGGUACCAAUUCGAACCUCGAGGUCAGCCACUCAAGAAACGGAUCCUAAAAGCUUAGAAGCAACUUCUCCCCCUCCAACUAAUGGUGAACCCAACGCCGAAGAUUCAAAUACCACUGAUGCGAUUUAUAACAGUGUGGAAGAAAUGGUGGGUGGCGAAGAAAAUAAAAUUCAGAGAGAAAAAACAAUAACCAUCAAGACAGCCAACAAUAACAUGAACAACAAUAAUAACACGGAUAGUGUCAUUAAGUUUUCUGCUAAUUCAGACAUCAACAGUGACAUUCGCCGGUUAAUGGUUAAUGAUCAGUUUUCGCUAAGUUACGAUGCUAGUGGUAACAUCACAGUGAAAUUACCGCCUGUUUCUUCACCUGCUGCUGCAACUGCUGCCGCCGCUGCCGCAGUUACGUCAGAAAUGAAUAGGCAACAAAGAGAGUUGGAUAAAAGACGUGAUUCAAGGGAGAAAAUGCUUGUUAAUAUGAAAUAUAAUGACCGUGAUAAAGCGAAGUCAUUUAUGGAAUCUAAUAAAAAACUACUAAAAGCAAUGAAAGAAGAAGAGAGACGAAAGAGAAUGACUUCAAUAAUACACGAUAAUCAUCUAAACUUGAAUUUGAAUGAGAUAUCCACUCGUUCAAAGAUAAAAAGUAUAGAAAAACCAACCACCAAAGGUAGUUCGAUGUCGCCAAAACCAAGAUCCGCCUCUAUCACUACGACAUCAGAUCACCAACAUGAAGAACAUGAACCAUCUGAACAAGAAAAGCAGGUCGGUAUUGAUAACGAAGGCUCGUACGUAAAUAGCGAUCCACAAAAGAUGGAUCUAACCAUAUCAGCUGCUGGAGCCGUCCAAAAAGUGGGAAUUCAAUCGAUGUUGAAUUCUGGUGAAGAAUUACCCACCAACGGUACCGCAGAAUAUGAAGGAAAGGGUUCAGGAGAUGAAGAAACAACUACAUUUGUUCCGUUAGAAAAAUCUCCUUCUUUAGUAGACGUGGUGAGGAAAAGACUCUCAGGUGAAGAUGAAAAAGAAGAUCAACAACGCGACAAAAGUGCAUCUUCGAAGAAAAGACGAUUAUCGGAUCAAGCGAAAAACGAAGAAGAAGAAGAAGAAGAAGAAGGCGAAAGGGAUGCUAGUCACAGCGAAACACUAGCCACUGUUGAGAACGUCUCAGGAGACAUCUCUACAGAUCUAUCCAGAGGUAUUUCAUCUAUCCAUAAUGAUGUCGAAACUACUAAUGACUGUGGCAAUGGUAAUGGAAGUCUCGGUUUGGGUACAGAGUCACGCAAUACGUUGUUGACUGCGACCCCCAUUGAGUUGAUUUGCCGGGAAGGUUUCUUUUACCGAAGGGAUAUUCCCGACGUGCCCAUUACCACGGGCGCGUACUUGGAAUUUAAAUUCAAAGCCAAAGAGGAGGAAUUGGUCAAUUCUAGCAUCAAUGAAGAAGACUAUGCUACCAAAUCGAAACAUGAAAAAAUGAAUGCUCAUUUUUUCAAAUCUGAUAUUCAGGAGGAGACGGAAAUUGCUUUUGAUAUUUUGAGCAAAACGACGCUGACAGAGAAAUACGUUAAUAGUUUGGAAUAUUUCUUAAUGGAAUUUAGAUGGGAGAAUAAGUUAGUAGGACUAGGCCUUAAACUUAGGGAAUCCAAGAGAACCUGGCAAAGGAGGAAAGCUUUGUUUGCUCUCUUCGAGUUCUGGAGAGACCAGUCAAGAGACAAAAGAAGAUUUCACAACUACACAAUUUUACACGCUGUCAAAGAGAUGGAAAACUACAGAAUAUUCAUCAACCGAUCUGUGUCAUGGUUCUAUAAUCACAUCACCUUAUUGAAGAUGAUUCUAUACGACCUCUGCGACAAUGUAACUACUCAAUGGAGAGAAUGGAUGUUUCCACACAACGAAACACUGCCGACAUUGGGCCAGGAUGGUAUCAAUGAGGACAAUCUGAAUGAGACCAUCGAUAACAUGCUGAUUUUCGAUUUCCUCGACGACGGCUCUGAAAACAAUCAAGUGAAAUAUUCCAGAAUCAUACCGCCAGAUAUCAGUUAA